AUGUUUGUAAAAGAUCUAGCUGCCGGUCAUGAAAUAUCUAAAAGAUUCUACUAUUAUGGCAGAAAUAAUUGGUAUGGAUCGAGGUGGCUUCUUUUCUUAUUGUUUCUUGUCCCAAUUGCGUUUUUCCUAGUACUAUUUCUUGUUAGAAGAAGGAAAAGAAAGGGCCGUAUAGUCUAUCCUUCUAAUAAUCAAUAUUAUAAUACGCAACAGACUGGUGGUCCUUAUGGGCCGCCACCACCGCAACAAAAUGGACCUGUUGGCUAUGACCAGCAACCUAACUACGGAGCACCGAAUGCAUAUGAACAGCAGCAGAACUAUGGAGUGCCGAAUACAUAUGAACAGCAGCAGAACUACGGACCAUCUCCAGGAUAUGAAAAUAGUGGACAACAAAACGGGGCUAAUAUAGAUAACUUUCAACCGCCUCAAGGUCCACCUCCUUCACAUCAAAAGGUCUGA